UCGAAGGUGAAGGACAGUAAAUGGAAAGACGACAGCUUUUACUUUUAUAAAAAAUGAACAAAAAGAACUCUGUAUAUUAUACAUAAAAUAUGGGGAAGAAAAGAACAGUAGGAAAGAUAACAUGGGCUCCACGGAAACAUCACUUGAAAGAGAAUGGGGCGAACUCUGGUUUUGGUUCUCCAAGUGUCUAUCAUGCACUGAUAAUCAUAUUUUUAGAAUUUUUUGCAUGGGGGUUGUUGACAUCUCCUAUCAUUAUGGUAUUAAAUCAGACAUUUCCUAACCACACAUUUCUGUUGAAUGGACUUAUACAAGGUGUAAAGGGAAUGUUGUCAUUUUUAAGUGCACCAUUAAUUGGUGCUUUAUCUGACGUAUGGGGAAGGAAGAUAUUUCUUCUGUUAACAGUGACAUUUACUUGUCUGCCCAUACCACUGAUCUCUAUUAGUCCCAUGUGGUAUUUUACUAUGUUGUCACUGUCAGGCUUAUUCUCUGUAACAUUUAGUGUUGUAUUUGCAUAUGUGGCAGAUAUCACAUCAGAUGAGGAGAGAGGUCAAGCAUAUGGACUGGUGUCAGCAACAUUUGCUGCCAGUUUAGUUACCAGUCCAGCAUUAGGAGCCUACCUAGAGAAUGCCUAUAGUGAUAAUUUAGUUGUAUGGCUAGCCACAGCUGUAGCCGUAUUAGAUGUAUUGUUUAUAUUAUUGUUUGUACCAGAAUCUUUACCGGAGAAAAUUAGACCAGUUAGUUAUGGUUCCCAGAUCUCAUGGGAACAGGCUGAUCCCUUUGGAGCAUUAAAGAGGAUAGGUGCAGACAAGUUAAUAUUAUUAUUAUGUUGUACAGUAUUUUUAUCAUAUUUACCAGAAGCAGGGGAAUACUCAUCAUUUUUUGUUUAUUUACGAUUAGUAAUGAAUUUUUCUGCAGAAGAAGUUGCAUCAUACAUUGCUUUAGUUGGUGUCUUAUCUGUUGUUGCUCAAACAUUAAUAUUGACAUUUUUAAUGAGAUAUUUAGGCCAUAAAGCUUCUAUCAUGUUUGGUUUGGUGUUUGAAAUAUCACAGCUAAUCUGUUAUGGUUUUGGUUCACAAACAUGGAUAAUCUGGAUGGCUGGUUGUAUUGCUGCUAUGUCCAGUGUAACUUAUCCUGCAAUCAGUGCAUUUGCAUCAGAACAUGCUGCUCCCGACCAACAGGGUGCAGCACAAGGUCUUAUAACUGGUAUUAGAGGAUUAUGUAAUGGACUUGGUCCAGCAGUGUUUGGAUGUAUUUUCUUCUUGUUUGGAGUAGAUUUAAAUGAAGAGAAUGCAACUAAAUCAGCAAAUACAUCUCAUGUUCAUGAUGCUUUUAGGGAGAUGGUUCCAGGACCCCCAUUUGCCUUUGGUGCAAUAUUAGUCAUAAUGGCCUUUCUUGUGGCCAUUUUUAUUCCAGAAAAUCCCCAUUCAUCAUCCAUUGCAGGCAGGAAAAAGUCUGCAAAACUAAACGAGUCUUUCAACAAUGGUACAGGUGAUGUUAAGAUAGAAGCAGAACCCCUAUUAAAUGACAACAAUUUAUAGCAGUGACUUAAAUCCUUGUGUUCAAUCAAGUGGAAUAUAUGUUGUGAUGCUUCAGUGGACUUCCAUAUAAUUCAUUCUUAACAUUAGUGAUUUUAGUAGCAAGAAACUGCUUUUCUGUCCAUCCUUACAUUGUUAUUAUUCAAUAUAACGAGACCAAUUAUCACUUCAUUAUAAUGAUGUAUUUUUGUAAAAUUGUUGAUUUUAUGACAAUUGUACCAGCUAUACCCCUCAUGGUUUGUAAUAUGUGAACUGGAUGGCUUUAAAAAUAUUACACAGAAAAAGAUGAUAUGUAAAAAAGUGACAAGUCUUCACAUAUAAAUCUUUACGUGACAGAAGGUUGCAUUGUAAAAUGCUUGAAAUGAUAGACUGAUGAAGUGCAUAGUGAUAAAUGCAUCUUAAAUUAUAUUUUAAGCUUUAUAGUCAGUAAUGCUUGACCUUUUAAAUUUUAUAAUAUCAACAGGUAUGUUUUUGAAAUUGAACACUUUUCUGCUGUUGAUUGAGAUAUUUUUUUAAUAUUGUUAUUAAAAUCAAAAUGACUAACA